CCCGGGAAGGCGAGGCCGGAGCAGUCGCUGCCUGUCUGGAGCAGCAGGCACAGGAAGCCGGGUCCGGGCCGGUUCUGGCACACUCUGCCAGGCCCGUGCCAGCCCCCGGUGCCAGGGCUGCCCUGGGCCCCCGGGACAUCGCGGCUGAGCCGCGGGGCCGCUGCAGGCCCGGGCUUGAGCCCCGCCGGGCGCCGGCCGCAGCCCCGCAGCCGGAGCCGAACAGGUUGGGCGGCUCCGGGCUGUGGGAGGAAUAAUCGCUCGGGGUUGAUUCAGCGGGCUGAGGCAGCCAAACCGGGCGAGGAUGGCACUGCGGAGCCACCCGCGGCGCUGCCAGGUACCCCCGGCGAGCGGUGGCGUUUGAAGGAGUUUUUGCAGCGCUGCGCGGAGCGGGAGCGAGCGGAGCCGGCACCGCCCGCGGGCGGGGGCGGCCGGGGCUGCGCGGGGUGAGCGCGCCGCGGCCGAGCCCGGCACCGGCAGGUCGGGGCCGGUGUUUAUCAGGGACUCUCAUCUCCUGAGCUGGUGAAUUCCUCCGUGCCGUGUCAGUCCUGCGCGGAGCGGGAGCGCUGCAGCCCGCCCUGCGCUCGGCGUCGGGGCAGCGCCCGGCGCGGCUCCGGGACCCUCUGCCCAGCGAGCACGACCCGGGGCUCCGGCCCGGGGCCGUCCCCUGGCUCCGGCUGAGUCAGGAGUGACUCAUUCCGAGCCGGGCUGCAGGCGCAGCCGGUGCCUUCGCAGAUUGCUCUGGAUGUAGGAGGCUGCGCUCCGCGCCCCGCAGCGCCGCUCCGCUCCUGCUCCCUCCCUCGCCUCGGUGCAGGACAGCGGCCCGAGGCAGCGGCCGCCCCUGGCAGGCGCAGGAAGGCGCUCAGCUCCGGUGGAUGUGCGGUGUGGAUGGCCCCGGCUCCGCUCCUGAGGGGGCUCUGCGCUGAAGAUGGAUGACUUGGCUCUCCUUGACCUGUUGGAGUGUCCCGUGUGCUUCGAAAAGCUCGACGCCACUGCAAAGGUGCUGCCGUGCCAGCACACUUUCUGCAAGCCCUGUCUGCAGAGGAUCCUGAAAUCCCAGAAGGAGCUGCGGUGCCCCGAGUGCAGGACCCUCGUCCUGGGCAGCAUCGAGCAGCUGCCCUCCAACCUGCUCCUCAUUCGCCUCCUGGAUGGAGUCAGGUGUGGGCAAAGCCUCACCAGGUUUGGCUCGAUCCAGAGGUCGGGGGUCCUGUCCUCCCCUGCCUCCAUCAGGAGGGUCCCCAGGGGGCUGCAGCUGCAUCAGCACCGGCUGGCAACCAACCCCAGGACCCACAUGGAAGGGGUGCCACGGGCCAGGGCCCUGUACACCCACCGCGGGCACAACCCCGGGGAGCUGCGCUUCAACAAGGGGGACACCAUCGUGCUGCUGCGGCAGCUGGACGAGAACUGGUACCUGGGCGAGCUCGACGGCAGCAGCGGCGUCUUCCCGGCCAGCUCCGUGCAGGUCAUCAAGCACCUGCCCCUGCCCCGCCCGCUCUACAGCCCCGGCCCGCGGAGCCGGGAUAGGGAACAGAGCAGGGACAUCCUGACCCUCCAAAAGCCCGGCGCCCCCGCCCAGCAGCUGCUGCAGGCCGCCAGGAGCCGCUGGUCGCCGCCGCCCCGGGCCGCGGACCCCAAGGCCGGGGCGGGCGCGGCGCCGUUCCCCAAGGGCCCCGAGCCCCGGAGGAAGAGCCUGCGGCAGUUCUCGCUCACCACGGCCCUCAACACCCUGAACCGCAUGGUGCACGCCGAGCGCCCCGCGCUGCACAUCAGCUCCCCGGUGCUCAUCAGCUCCAGCAACCCCAGCGUGCCCACCCAGGGCAGCGAGCGCGCAGAGCCCGCCUGCGGCAGCCCCGUCCAGGUCAGCACCUCUUACUACCCCUCACCAGGAGCCCUGGGGCCGCCGGCAGCCAUCGUCACCCUUCCCCACCUGCAGCACCACGGGCCAGCUUACCUGUGCGUGGCUCUCCACUCCUAUACGGCCCACGGACCGGAUGAGCUGGAGCUGCAGAAGGGGGAAGGGGUCCGUGUCUUCGGCAAGGACCAGGACGGGUGGCUGCAGGGCAUGUCCCUCGUCACGGGCCGGGUUGGCCUCUUCCCCAGCAACUACGUCGCUCCCCUCUUCAGGAAAUCCAGUCUCUCCGACUCGAAGAUGCCCUCCCUGUACACCUCAUGGACGCUGUCGACCUCCUCGCUGUCCUCGCAGGGGAGCCUGUCCGAGGGCGGCCCGAGGCAGAGCAGGGCGCUGCGGCCGCUUCUGCUGCCCGUGCCCGUCCCUGCGCCCGGCAGGGCCGCGGCGGCCCCGGCCCCGCUGCGGCGCGGCCGCGGCAGCACCAGGAGGAACGGAUCCCUGCAGAGGCCGGGUCAGGCAGGGACCCCCGUGCAGAUCACCGGCUCCCUCAGGCGUCCCACGGCCGCGGGGCGGCCGCAGCACUUGCAGCUUUACCCGCACGGCAGCUCGCCACCGCAGAGCCUCCCUCCCGGAGCCGGCACGGACGAGGCAACGAGGCCAAACCUCUCCUACGAGGCUUCACCGGCGCUGCUGGUGCGGGGAGGGGAGAGCCGAACGCCGUCCGUGUGCAGCUCGGUGAUCCUGGACGCCAAGGACGCCCCGCUGAAGAGCGAGGCCGCUCCGAAGCCGCCCGCCUCAGCCCCGCCGUCCAUCCUGGUGAAACCAGAAACCUCCCGCAACAGCGCCGAAAAGCAAGUGAAGACGGUGCGGUUCCAGAACCACAGCCCGCCGCCGCCCAAGCGGCACAGCCUGCAGCCCUCGCCGCGCCUGCCGCGCAGCAGGACCGAGCCCGGGCCCGAGCUGGGCCCCGAGCUGCUGGUGCUGUACUCGCCGCGCCCGGGCUCCAGCCCGCUGCACCCGCGCCGGGCGCUGCACCCCAAGGCGCUGUCGCUGGACCUGUCGGGGCAGCUGACCUUUCCCGUCAAGAAGAGCUACAGCAGCAUCUCUGCAAACUGAGCGGGCACCCUGCGCCUUCCUCCCCGCUCCCCCUCCACUCCCUCGGCGCAGGGCAGCGCCCUCCCCGCCGCUGCUCCGCUGCCCCCGCCCGGGGCACCCUCGGGACCGCAGAGAGCCGUGGGCACCUCUGGGGCCCGCCCGGGGCUGCCCGGGCACCGGAGCCGUGCCCGGGUCUGUACGCAGGACCGGCAUUGCCCGGGCUGCUGCCUCACUGCACCGCAGGGGCAGCGGCAGGCGAGGAAAGUGUGCAGGUAUCAGAAAGAGCUGCACUUGUUCUGAUCUCCUCAGGGCUGCAGAAAGGCCCACAGAGAUCAAGCACUGGCUCAUUACCUGCCUGUCUCAGGAUAAAGAAACCAUAAAUCAGGACCAGUCAGCUCCUGGCUGAUGGUUCAUGCUGCCUUUGAGGGGAGGGGGUUUUUUGUUAGGGUGGUUGCUUGCUUGCUUUCCUCAUUGGUUUUAGCCCAGGAAUUUUAGCACAGAAGUCUAAAAGGUGAUUUGGAGGGCAAAGAGCCAACGGAAAGGGCUUUGCCAUCACUGCAGUCACCCAGGCUCUGCAGUGAGGGCACUGAGUCUCCCUUCUCCUCAUUGCUUGCUUUCCUCUGAUCAUCUCUCAGCUACCUCCUGCCCAUGAGCUCCUUCCAGCCCCUUCCCACCACCCAGCCACUCAGAUGUGGCUGUUGUAAAUAUCUUAAGUGGAAUUCAUGGGUUUCAGAUGCAUGAAACAUUGUCUAUGUAACAGAAAGCAAAAUCAGAGUUCACCAUGCCCAGACCCCGCCCUGCCCCAGCAGCACCAGCUCUGGCUUCCAGCUUGCCCCAGUCCAAGCACUCUCCUGAGAAUCCCAGGGAAGCCAGCAGAGCUGUGCUGGCUCACAGCUGUGCCUGCCCUCCAUCAAACCUCUGCACAACAGAUUCUGCUCUCCUGACAGGGGAGCUGUGCUCCCUCCGAAUCUGCCCUGACACCCCAUCCUCAGUUACCUGCAUACAAACCCAGGGAAGGAGCUCCACUGGUCAGUGAAGACUGUCCCUGGCAGAGCCUCAGAGAAGGACUUUUUUUCCUAAAACUACACAAAGGGAAUGGAUAACUCACUACACCACAGCCCCUGGACCUUCCCUCUUCCAGACUGUCUGUUUGUGGAGCAGAAAAGCUGGGUCUGUCUGUGGGGAUUUUCAGUGGCACAGCAACCUCCAAGGCACAGAUCUGUUCUCCCUCUGUGCUCUGUCAGUGUUGCAGCUCCUGCAGAAACACCCUGACAAGCUGAAGGCUUGCUCUGUGCCCAGGCAUAAAGGGUGGCAGCAGCUGCAAAAAUGAGGGUGAGUCCAACUCAGCGAUGCCACCUCAGAGACAGCUGAAUGCCUCGGAGGAGACGUGCUGGCUCUGUGCUGGGGACUGGUGUACCCCUAAAGCUGAACAGAAAGCAGCUGGCUCUACCACUGAGGCACUUCCACAUAUCCCUCACUCCCAGAAAUGAACAGAAUUGCACUCAGUCCAUCAGCCCCCCUCUCCCUCUGGUCACUAAGAAUGCAAACACUGGCUCCAAAAUGUUUUAGUUGGAAACACCGGAGGAGCCUGGGACUGUAAAAUCACACACUUACCAUUCUUAGGAGGUUUAUUCAUUGCCCAACAGUCAUUGCAGUUAAUUUGUGAAACGGUGUGUUUGGAGUGUAAUCACAGCUCAAGACGUUUCAGGUUUUUUGUCAUAAUCUUCAGUAUUUGUCCCAUUUAAAAAGCAACAUUUCCAAAUACUCAUGAAGUCAGUGUUUAGAACCCCAAACUGUCCAUGAAGCAAUGAGGAGUUGCCAGCAAAGCCCGUGGGAGCUCCACAGGCUGAUCCCUCCAUACGAGCUCCCAACGGGAAGCAGCGAUGGAUCCGAGACUGCCUGGGAACAGCACACAAGGGAGCCCCAGUGUCAGGCUGAGGAGAACUGUAAGGGUAAUGAAGGGGAAAAAAGAUCUAUUCACACCAAAGUUAAAGCCAAAACAGAGCUUAAAGGCAGAAGGGGUCAACAGCAGUUCCCAGAUCCUUUACAUGACCAAGCAGGGAGAUCCAUUGUCUACUUUCUGCACCCAGCCCAGGGAAUGCUCCAAUGAGAUGUUACAACCCAGCCACCAUCAGUGAGAAAUCAUAAAUUACUAUUUUUACAUAUAUAUCUUAGAAACAGUAGGAUGUAUAACCUUUGCUUAAUUGGUGAUGGGUAGGAGGAAUAAAUCAAAUAUGUUUUGUUUAUUGUUCAGAGACACUUGUACAAAUUCAGGGAUGCUGAAUAUUUUUUCCAUGAAGUAAAGUUCAUUUUUUUAAAAGGCUUUUUCAAUUCAAGGUACUAUUUGGGAGAAAAGUCAAUAAAGAAGAAGAGAUUAGUUUCCUGUUUUGUAUUGAUCCUCAAGCUAUUUAUUUUGUAUUUCUGUAAAAAAAGCAAUGGUUUAAAGACAUUUUAAGUUUUCAUAAGUUUACUCAUCUAAGUUUAUAGCACUAAUGCUUAGCUCUGUAGCAAGUAGAUAAUUAAAUUAAUUGGGGCCAAAUGGAUUACAGCCCCUCAUGCACUGGAAGCACUGGGGAAACACGGGCUCAGGAAAGCUUUGGCACCCACUGUGUGAGACACCAGCCCAUGGGAGCUGCCUUGGCACCAUUAAAACUUUUUGCAUGAAAAAGCCCAAGAAUGUUUAUUUUCACUUUCUUAUUUCAGAUUUUGCCAGUUGGGAACAGGGUUCAAGGGGAGGGGGGGUUACCUGGGCAAGGGGUACCUGAUUGCAGGUAUGACAUGGAAUCAGAAGAAUCCAAUCCUGAGGCAGUACCCAGGAAAGAAUGAACAGUGAUGAGACUUUGACAUCCAGUGUGUCAAAGGGCUUUGAGCCGGCACAGGUGACAGCACCCUGCUCCCUGCCUUGUGUCACACCCAUUCCCACCUGCCAGGGCCACCCCUCUCCCCACACUGGCAGCACCAGGCCCUGCAGUCAAAGCCUUUGGCCAAAUCAGGUUUGGGGGGAG